AUGCCAAAGGCUAAGGAUAGAGGGGAUGAGGCCAAUGGGCCAUAUAUGAGGAAGGCCUUGGGAAGACAGGUGGAAAAAGACAAUAACAAUGCUACUGAGCUGGUGGAUGAUGAAGAUUUAGAUGUGUCUAUAGGGAAGCGGAUCGAAUCCCCGGGAUCGAAUCUUACAACGUCUGGAUCACGACCUGGAGAAUGUGACAUGGAUCCAUUCAAAAGGAUAUUCGGAGGUGGACAUUUCCCAUGGUUGCUAAUCGUUGUAAUUCUAGCCUCGAUAGAACAAAAUAGAAGCGAAAUAAGUGACGAUGACAAGGCAAAAAUCGAAAAGGGCUUCGAGGCUGGGAAAGCAAUUCUUGACCUUAUUACAGAGAGGAAUUUUAGAGACGCAUUAACUGAAAUAGGCAAAAGUAUCGCCCCGUUCUUGGGUGUAUUCGGUCCUUUUCUCAGUCUUAUCCUAGCGUUAAUACCAGGAGUUGAUUCGGCAGAACUCACAUACCUAAAAGCGAUGAUGAAACACAUCGAUAACAGAUUCGACCGACUGGACUCGCGCUUUGAUGAAAUUAAACGCAUGAUUGAUUGGACUAAGGUGGCGGUGAACUUUGGACAAAUCGAACAAAAGAUCUUGGCAAUGGAUGUAGAAUUCAGACAGCUUUAUACCGGCGGGGCACCAGCAGCGAAUAGGAAAAGUGUAUUCGUAACACACUUCGAAAGUGAUUAUCAGCUUAGCGGGUUAAAAUUGUACAAUGCAAUCGUCCAAGGUACAUUUCAGGAAAAUCUCGGAGAAUCUGUAAUGCGCUACACUAAAAAUGAUCAUAAGAAGACGCGGGAUUUUCUUCUUGGUAUAAUGCGACUCCUGCUCCAAGCAGCUGAAGUAGAACUUGCAUAUUAUAUUAUAAAGAGAAAGGGUUUGAACAGAUUGCCGAACAGAGAAAACAAGAAUGGAAAACCAAGAUUCAAACGGUUAAAUCAAAUUUUGAACAAAUCGACACGGCAGUGAUGGAGAGAUACCAUGAUCAAUCUCUUGUUGACAUUAAAAAAUACGCUAUCAACAACAAUGGCAUGAGUAACUCAGAUUUCAGUGCAGGACUGUACGAAAUGUUAAAUGAAAAGUACGAUUGGCACGUUUGGUUUGUCGUCAUUUAUGAACCGAUAGCUGGUUGGAAGGAGCAUACUGUUGGUGUAUGCGGUGGGCAUAAAUUAUUUCAAGAAAAUGGACGAAACAUCGUAGUUGCAAGUAAGGACCGCGACGCUGGGACAAUGGACUUUCAAAAAGCGAGAACAAGUUUGAAUCGUCGUAGGUUUGUUACUAAUGAUAUCCUGUUAUAUGGACAGGGGGCAAGAGACUUAUACAAUGAAAUUGCUACUACGGAUGCAUGUAGUGUUGCUGUUGUAAAGAUAGCUGGUUCCGAUGUAAGCUACAGGGGGGAACCAAGCAGAAUAGUGCACCGCGAUAUAAAUUGGAUUUUCGAUCGCUACCGAAAAAUGUUCAUCAUGAUCAUGUUCGGCUAAAAGAUGCAAAAUAGAGUCUUACUUCGAGCCUCUGUCCUCUGUGACCCCCCUUCUACUUGACUUAACACCUUCUCACACUUAUUGUAGUGGGGGGGGGGGGUCACACGGGCUUGUGGCUAGACCACAAGACUGAUCGCUACAUUUUAUAUAUUAUAAACUAUGCCGAGGUUGGGCAUUAGACUAAGAGGCAUUUUAACAUCCUUUGAGAAAUAUUCAUUUUAAUAGUGUAUAACUUUUAUCGAUUUAUAAUCUUUAAUCAUCAACUUUUGAUUU